AUGGAAUGCGAGUCGUGUGGAGUGAAGGCAGCGACUGAACUGGCUAGAUAUGUCUUCGUCAGAAUUUACAUAAAUGAUAUAUUUGACCCGCCUAAUACUGUAUACUGGUCAUUUAUUAAUCUGAAAGAGGCUGUGGUACGCUCGCACAGCCGCAUAGCGCGCGUGCCGGUGUGCAUGCGCCGACAGCGUCUCGGACGGCGGACCACACUGCAGCGAGCCAUGCCAGCCGCAGCCAUGAGAACAUACCAAAAACACGGAGUAGACAUGAAGUUGGAAAACAAGGAAAUGAAAAAAGAAAGUCUCGGUCGAACGACAGAUAAUCGUGUUAGGCGGCCGCACCGGCGAAUAACUGAUGUGAGCCGUUCGGUGCACCGACCCAAUGAGAUUGCGGUGUUUUUUCCACUGAGACUCUGUGGAGACAAACAAGGGAUGCAAAUUCGUGUUGACACCGCGAUCCAUCUUGUUCGUCUCUCC